AUGAUGAACGUCGAGGAUGUGGAUAUACCGACAUUGGUUUCUGUUUUGGUAGGAAUUCUUGUGAUAAUAAGCUCCUCCAUGCUUUACUUCCUUCGAAAACAAAAGGACGAAAAGCUUAAGGUAAAAGAUGUCUCUUAUGAUCACAUAUGGUCCGUGACCACUCUUAAAGGACACACAGCAGAGGUAACGGGAAUCGAUUUCGCUCAGGAUGGGAAGAAGUUCGUUAGUGUAUCGACUGAUCGAUCUGCGUUUUUGUGGGAUGUCAGAGAUUUCGAAGAAAAAGCUCAUAAAUGUGUGAGUCAAGUUUUGGAGUUCGAUACGGCUACAAAAGUUUCUUUCUCGCCGGACUGCAAAAGCAUGGUUUUCGCUAUGAAGCGUAUGAACAAGUUGGCAGUGUUUAAACUUAUGAAAAAGGAAGCUAGUGCUACUUACAAACUCGUUCAUGCCGAGAAUGUGUCGUUCCCGGUUGCUCAUACCGUCGAUAUUUCGCACUGUGGAAUUUCAUCAACUGGAAAGUUCCUGAUGUCAGCAUCACAGGAUAUGAAGAUUGUACUGUACGAUAUUCAUGGAAGCAUUCUAAAAGUUCUUGAGCCCAAGCUGAGUUCUCUUUUUGACGUCGCGUUGUCACCUGAUGGGCGGUUUGUAGGUGCUUGUGGUUUCACACCAGAUGUCUUUGUGUACGAGGUACUUUUCAAUCGUGAGGGCUCAUUUCAAGAAGUUAAGAGAGCUUUUGACUUGAAGGGUCAUAACUCUGGUGUGUUUGCUGUUGCAUUCAAUUCUAAUUCGACUCGUACCGUUACCGUAUCUCGGGACGGUUACUGGAGAAUAUUCGAUACAGACAUACGGUACACUCAAGGCCAAGAAGCGAUUGUUCUUAACAAGGGUGAAUGGUCGAUGUUGAAAGGAGCCAGUGCAGAUCAUAUUCGUUUAGCUGUGAGUCCUUCUGGGGGAAGCUUUGCCGUCACUUGUGGUUCGAAUUUGAAACUAUUCAGUAGUGAGGAUGCUUCUAAAGACUUUCCAAUGUGCUUAGUCAUCCAAUGUGAAAUUCACGUCAUUCGUUUCUCACCAUGUGGUCGGUUGAUAGCAACUUGUGGAGAUCGUUAUAUCCGUAUAUUCCGAAACAUUGCUGAAUAUCACAGCGAGGUGGUGCGACUGAAUAAGGUAUGUUUAUCCAUAUAUCGUUCAAGGUUACUUCCAUCGUCAGAGAUUUCUGUUAUACCCUUUUAA